AUGUCGCAUGGGGCGGGGCAGGGGGCCCGGGAUCCCGACCCCCAGCGGGGCCCCCCGACCGUCUACGUCCUGCUGGAGGGACCUCGCACGGCCGAGGCCGUCCAGGUGCUGAGCCUUGAGUCUUUGCUCCCUGAGUCGGGCAUCGUCGCGGACAUUGACUUAGAGAACGUCUUCUCCUUGGCCGGGGACAACUUCUACGAGCUCAAAAGCCAGCCCAUCUCCGGGAGCCCCCCGGCCGCCCCCCUGCAGCCGCCGGCCCCCCCCAGCCCUGGGGACCCCCCCGGCCCCAGCAUGUCGUCGUCGCGGGUGCUGCUGCGGCAGCAGCUGAUGCGGGCGCAGACCCAGGAGCAGGAGCGGCGGGAGCAGCAGCAGGCGGCCCAGUUCCUGCCCCCCAACCCUGCGCCCCCCACCCCGGCCAUCUCCGUCAGCAGCCCCCUGCCCCGCCCCGCCGCCCAGGUCCCGGUCGAGGUGCUCAAGGUCCAGACCCAUCUGGAGAACCCGACCCGGUACCACAUCCAGGAGGCCCAGCGGCAGCAGGUCAAGCAGUACCUCUCCACCACCAUGGGCAACAAGCUGGCCGCCCAGGCCCUGGCGGGCUCCAGCCCCGGGGCCCCCGCCCGCUCCCCGCAGGCUGCCUCGGCCCCCGAGCCCCACAGCCUGCCCCCCCGGCAGCAGCCCGCCUCGGGCCCCGGCAGCGCCCCCAACAGCCCCAUGGCCAUGCUGCACAUCGGCUCCAACUCGGAGAAAGAGAUCGAUGAUGUCAUCGAUGAGAUCAUCAGCCUGGAGUCCAGCUACAAUGACGAGAUGCUGAACUACAUGUCCGUGGACGGGGGGCUGCAGCUGCCCAGCACGCUGCCGGUGGCCGGGAACCUGCUGGAGAUUUAUAGCAGCCCGGGGCUCUCAGACCCAACCGUCCCGGUCAGCAACUCCUGCCCUGCCGACCUGCCCAACAUCAAGACAGAGUUGUCAGAGAACGAAGCCAAAGCGCUGAUGAAGGAGAGGCAGAAAAAGGACAAUCACAACCUGAUUGAGAGACGCAGACGAUUCAACAUCAACGACCGAAUCAAGGAGCUGGGAACCCUCAUUCCCAAAUCCAACGACCCGGAGAUGCGCUGGAACAAAGGCACCAUCCUGAAGGCCUCCGUGGAUUACAUCCGCAAGCUGCAGAAGGAGCAGCAGCGCUCCAAGGAGAUGGAGCUGAGACAGCGCAAGCUGGAGCAAGCGAACCGCAGCCUGCAGCUCCGUGUGCAGGAACUGGAGAUGCAAGCCCAGCUGCACGGCUUGCCCCUCACCUCGCCGGCAGGGCUGCUGCCCCUGGGGGGCGCUGGGGAGGGCGCCAAGCCGGAGGGCCCCGGACCACCUCCGUUCCUGGGGGGCCCCUCCUGUGCCCCGGAUCCCGCCUGUUGCCUCCUGGGCCUGGCCUUCCCCUCGGAGGAGCUGGGGGAUGCCGGGCUGGGCUUCCCUCUGGGGCUGGGGGCUGACGGCGGCCUGGAGGACAUUCUCAUGGAGGACGGGGGGCCCCUGUCGCCCCUGGGGGCCUCCGACCCCCUGCUCUCGUCCCUCUCCCCCGGCGCCUCCAAAGGCUCCAGCCGCCGCAGCAGCUUCAGCAUGGAGGAGGAUUCCUGAUCCUGGCCCCGCCCCUCUGGGGUGGGAGGAGCCAGGGGAGCCACACCUCUAAUCCCAUUGGGCUCCACCCCCUGGCUGUCUCCAGGCUCUGCCCCCCUCUUUUAUAGGCUCUGCAAGCUCCUCCCUUUCUCUCUAACUCCAUCCCGCGGUGUGGGCCCCGCUGCUUUCACUCCAUGGGCGGUGUUCCAGGCUCGUAAGCCCCUCCCUCCCUCUCAGCUCAAGCUCCACCCCAUUGUAUAGGCCCCGCCCCAGCUGUCUGUGCACAGCACCAGAGUUCCAAAAGCUCCACCCCCUCCUCAAGCUUCUCCCCAUCACAUAGGCUCCACCCCUUUCAGCAGGAGGGCCUGGGCCUCAGACUUUUAGACUCUGUCCCUUUUACCCUCCUUCUUUGCCCUGUUGUGUAGGCCCUGCCCCUUUUCUAGCCCCCCCAUAUAUGCCCUCUCCAGACCACACCCCUUUUACAUAGGCCCCACCCUUUAUUUGCAGUCCCAACCCCUCUAGUUAUAGACUCCCCCCUUUCCUGCAAGACACGCCCCUUUUUGACAGGCUCCACCCCUUCCUUUCAUACUGCCGCCCCUCUCGAUUUGUUCUCUUCCUUAAUGGAUA